AAUACAAUGAACAGUAUCUUCCACUGUUUGCCAUCCCUACCCAUUGUCAGGGUAUUCAAGCCCACUAAAUGGCAAUGGUGCCUACCCAGGUCUUGCCCUAGGGACUUGGCUCUGCUUGCAGCUGCUUGCCCAGGACCAGCCAUGGCCUUGGGAGAUCCUGUAGUGCUAUGUACGAAGGCAUCAGCCCCCUUCCUGCCACUGAUGCUGUUGCUGCUGCUCCUGCCCAUUCCCCACGAGGUACUAUCAGCUGUGGGCCCCUUCCAUACCUUCUCUGCAGCUGACACCACCUUGACCCACCUGGCUGUGCACCGGGGGACAGGGGAAGUGUUUGUGGGGGCUGUGAACCGGGUAUUCAAGUUGUCCCCAAACCUCACAGAGCUCCGUGCCCACAUUACUGGCCCCAUUGAAGACAAUGCCCGCUGCUAUCCCCCGCCAAGCAUGCGGGUCUGCACCCACCACUUGGUACCCACCGACAACAUCAACAAACUGCUGCUCAUCGACUAUGCCAGUCGGCGCCUGGUGGCCUGUGGCAGCAUCUGGCAGGGCAUCUGCCAGUUUCUUCGCCUCGAUGACCUUUUUAAACUGGGUGAGCCACAUCAUCGCAAGGAACACUAUCUGUCAGGGGCCCAGGAGCCAGACACCAUGGCUGGGGUCAUCGUGGAGCAGGGAUCAGAGCCCAGCAAGCUGUUCAUCGGCACAGCCAUUGAUGGCAAGUCAGAGUACUUCCCCACCCUCAGUUCCCGCAAGCUCAUCCGAGAUGAGGACAGUGCCGACAUGUUCAGCCUGGUGUACCAGGAUGAGUUUGUAUCCUCCCAGAUCAAGAUCCCUUCAGAUACCUUGUCACUGUACCCGGCCUUUGACAUUUACUAUGUGUACGGCUUUGGGAGUGAGUCUUUUGUCUACUUUUUGACACUGCAGCUUGAUACCCAGCAGACCCUCCUAGAUGCAGCUGGCGAGAAAUUUUUUACAUCCAAGAUUGUGCGCAUGUGUGCUGGUGAUUCGGAGUUCUACUCCUAUGUGGAAUUCCCCAUUGGCUGUUCCAGAGACGGCGUGGAGUUCCGCCUGGUACAGAGUGCCCACUUGGCAAAGCCUGGCCCCCGACUGGCCCAGACACUGGGGGUGUCAGAGGAUGAGGAUGUGCUCUUUACCAUCUUCUCCCAGGGUCAGAAGAACCGUGCUAGCCCACCCCGCCAGACACUCCUUUGCCUCUUUACUCUCAGGGACAUCAAUGCCCACAUUCGGCGCCGCAUCCAGUCCUGCUACCGUGGAGAGGGCAAACUGUCUCUGCCCUGGCUGCUGAAUAAGGAACUUCCCUGUAUCAAUACACCCAUGCAGAUAAAUGGGAACUUCUGUGGCCUGGUCCUGAACCAGCCCUUGGGCGGGCUACAGGUGAUUGAAGGGCUGCCUCUGCUCGAGGACAGAUCAGAUGGGAUGGCCAGUGUGGCCGCCUACACCUACCGCCAGCAUUCGGUCGUCUUCAUUGGCACCCGCAACGGCAACCUCAAGAAGGUUCGUGUAGAUGGCAUCCAUGAUGCCCAUCUGUAUGAGACAGUGCCUGUGGCAGAGGGGAGACCCAUUCUCCGAGAUCUUCUGUUUAGCCCAGACCAUCAAUACAUCUACCUCCUGAGUGACAAGCAGGUGAGCCAGGUCCCCGUGGAGACGUGUGAGCAGUAUCUUCACUGUGGGGCGUGCCUGGGCUCUGGGGAUCCCCACUGUGGCUGGUGUGUGCUUCAUAACAAAUGCUGCCGGGAGGGGGAGUGCCCUCGGGCUUGGGAGCCACACCGAUUCACCGAGGUGCUCAGUGAGUGCGUCCAUGUGUCAGUGCAGCCCAACAAUGUGUCUGUCACUGUGCCUGAGGUGCAGGUAACUUUGUUGGUACAGAAUGUGCCCGACCUGACUGGGGGAGUGAGCUGUUCCUUUGAGGCCAUGGCUGAGAACGAGGCAUCCUUGCUGGCCCCAGGACAGCUACAGUGCCUCUCCCCCUCCUUGCGAGACAUCCCUGCCAUCACUGGUGGGCAUGGUGCCACUUCUACUGUCCAGCUCUACCUACACUCCAAAGAGACCGGCUUGAAGUUUGCCCAGGCUGAUUUUGUCUUCUACAACUGCAGCACCUUCCAGUCGUGUUUGUCAUGUGUCAGCAGCCCCUACCCCUGUCACUGGUGUAAGUACCGCCACAUGUGCACAGACAACGCCAGGGAGUGCUCUUUUCAGGAGGGCCGGGUGAAUACUACUGAGGGCUGCCCAGAGAUUCUGCCCAGUGGGGAGAUCUUGAUCCCAGUGGGUGUGGUUCAGCCACUCACGCUUCGAGCCAAGAACCUGCCCCAGCCCCAGUCAGGGCAGAAGAAUUAUGAAUGUGUGUUCCGCAUCCAGGGCAGGCAGCAGAGGGUGCCUGCCAUCCGCUUCAACAGCAGCAGCGUACAGUGCCAGAACACCUCGUAUUCCUAUGAGGGAGAUGCACAGGGAGCUGUGGCAUUAGAUUUCUCUGUGGUCUGGGAUGGUGACUUCUACAUCGACAAGCCAGACAACUUCAAAGCCCUGUUGUAUAAGUGCUGGGCCCAGAGGGAGAGCUGUGGUUUGUGUCUGAAGGCUGACCCCCGCUUUGAGUGUGGCUGGUGCAUUUCGGAAAAGAAGUGUCAAUUGCGGGCCCACUGUCCUAUGCCCAAGGGCAACUGGAUGCACCCGAGCAAGAGGAACCCACGAUGCAGCCAUCCACGCAUCACCAAGAUCUAUCCUGUGAAGGGCCCCAAGGAAGGGGGCACGCAGGUGACUGUGUUGGGGGAGAACCUAGGCCUGACAUACCAUGAAGUUGGUGUGCGAGUAGCAGGCGUUCGCUGCAAUUCCAUCCCUGCUGCAUAUAUUAGUGCUGAGCGGAUAGUGUGUGAGAUGGAGGAGUCUCUGGUGCCCAGCCCUCUGCCAGGGCCUGUGGAGCUGUGUGUGGGCGACUGCUCUGCUGACUACCGGACCCAGUCAGAGCAGCUAUACACCUUCGUGACCCCAACUUUUGACCAAGUGAACCCCACCCAAGGGCCAGCUUCUGGGGGCACCCAGCUCACUAUCUCUGGCAGCCACUUGGAUGCAGGCAGCAGUGUGGCUGUGGCUGUGAGGAACAGAGAGUGCCAGUUUGUGAGGAGAAGUGCCAAGGAAAUCCUGUGCAUCUCCCCCAGCUCAGGCUUGGGCCCUGGCGAAGCUGCCAUCACCGUCUGCAUUGACCGUGCUAACAUCUCCACCCCAGCCGUGCUCUACACUUACACUCAGGAUCCCACCAUUACCCUCCUGGAGCCAGCCUGGAGCAUCUUUAAUGGCAGUACGACCAUCACUGUAACGGGAACCCAUCUGCUGACAGUCCAGGAGCCGCGAGUUCGAGCCAAGUACCGUGGCAUUGAGACAAUUAAUACCUGCCGAGUGCUCAAUGACACUGUCAUGCUCUGCAAGGCCCCGGGCAUCUUCUAUGGGCAUUCUCACCCACCCUCUGAAGGAGAGCAUCCAGAUGAGUUUGGCUUCCUAAUGGAUCAUGUGCAGGCUACUCGGACCCUGGACCGUUCAGCCUUCACCUACUACCCCAAUCCCAGCUUUGAGCCCCUUGGCCCCACUGGCAUCUUGGACAUCAAGCCGGGCUCCCAUAUCAUUCUCAAGGGAAAGAACCUCAUUCCAGUGGCAUCAGGCAGCUCCCGGCUCAACUACACUGUGCUGAUUGGGGGCCAGCCAUGUGCACUCACUGUCUCUGACACUCAGCUUCUCUGUGAUUCGCCGACCCAGACUGGCAAGCAGCCUGUCAUGAUCCUGGUGGGGGGCCUGGAGUUCUGGCCAGGGACACUGCACAUCUAUGCAGAACGGGCGCUGACCCUACCAGCCAUGGCUGGCCUCGGAGCAGGUGGUGGGCUGCUGCUUCUUGCCAUUGGGGCUGUCCUCAUUGCCUACAAACGCAAGACCCGAGAUGCUGACCGAACCCUCAAGCGGCUGCAGUUACAAAUGGACAACCUGGAGUCUCGCGUGGCCCUGGAGUGCAAGGAAGCCUUUGCUGAGCUUCAGACAGAUAUCAAUGAACUGACCAAUAAUAUGGAUGGGGUCAAGAUCCCCUUCCUGGAUUAUAAAACCUACGCCAUGCGAGUGUUGUUCCCCGGAAUUGAAGAGCACCCUGUACUCAAAGAAUUGGAUACCCCUCCCAACAUGGAGAAGGCGCUACACCUGUUUGGGCAGCUGCUGCACAGUCGUGCCUUUGUGCUGACCUUCAUCCACACCCUGGAGGCCCAGAGGAGCUUCUCAAUGCGUGACCGAGGCAACGUGGCCUCCCUCACCAUGGUGGCACUGCAGGGCCGAAUGGACUAUGCCACUGGCCUCCUCAAGCAGCUGCUUGCUGACCUCAUCGAGAAGAACCUGGAGAGCAAGAACCACCCCAAGCUGCUGCUGCGGAGGACAGAAUCAGUAGCAGAAAAGAUGUUGACCAACUGGUUCACAUUCCUGCUGCACCGCUUCCUAAAGGAAUGUGCAGGGGAACCCCUCUUCAUGCUCUUCUGUGCCAUCAAGCAGCAGAUGGAGAAGGGGCCCAUCGACGCCAUCACAGGGGAAGCCCGGUAUUCCCUGAGUGAGGACAAACUCAUCCGCCAGCAGAUUGACUACAAGAUGCUGACCCUGCACUGUGUGUGUCCUGAGAGUGAGGGCAACGUAGAGGUCCCUGUGAAAGUUCUCAACUGUGACACCAUCACUCAGGCCAAGGACAAGCUGCUGGACACCGUGUACAAGGGCAUUCCUUACUCCCAGCGCCCCAAGGCAGAUGACAUGGACUUAGAAUGGCGUCAGGGUCGGGUGACCCGGAUCAUUCUGCAGGAUGAGGAUGUUACCACCAAGAUUGAGUGCGACUGGAAGAGACUCAACUCCUUGGCACAUUACCAGGUGACAGAUGGCUCCUCAGUUGCGCUGGUACCCAAGCAAGUGUCUGCCUACAACAUCGCUAACUCCUUCACCUUCACCCGUUCCCUCAGCCGCUAUGAAAGCUUGCUCCGCACCUCCAGUAGUCCAGACAGUCUCCGCUCUCGGGCACCCAUGAUCACACCUGACCAGGAGACAGGCACAAAGCUGUGGCACCUGGUCAAAAACCAUGACCACGCCGAUCAUAGGGAGGGUGACCGGGGCAGCAAGAUGGUAUCUGAGAUCUACCUGACGCGGCUGCUGGCAACCAAGGGUACCCUGCAGAAGUUUGUAGAUGACCUCUUUGAGACAGUGUUCAGCACUGCCCACCGGGGCUCAGCCUUGCCACUUGCCAUCAAGUACAUGUUCGACUUCCUGGAUGAGCAGGCAGACCGGCAGCAGAUAGCUGACCCUGAUGUGCGACACACUUGGAAAAGCAAUUGCCUCCCUCUCCGCUUCUGGGUGAACGUCCUCAAGAACCCGCAGUUUGUGUUCGACAUUCACAAGAACAGUAUCACAGAUGCCUGCCUGUCGGUGGUGGCCCAGACAUUCAUGGACUCAUGCUCCACCUCUGAGCACCGGCUGGGCAAGGAUUCACCUUCCAACAAGCUCCUCUAUGCCAAGGAUAUCCCCAACUACAAGACCUGGGUGGAGAGGUACUAUCGGGAUAUCUCAAAGAUGGCAUCAAUCAGCGACCAAGAUAUGGAUGCCUACCUCGUGGAACAGUCCCGCCUCCACGCCAAUGACUUCAACACCCUCAGUGCCCUCAGCGAGCUCUACUUCUACAUCAACAAAUAUCGGGAAGAGAUCCUCACUGCCCUGGACCGAGAUGUUGGCUGCCGAAAGCAGAAGCUGCGCCUCAAGUUGGAGCAGGUCAUCAGCCUGGUGUCCAGCAACAGCUGAGGGCUGAGAGGCUGGGGAGGGGAACCCAGCAACCCGCCCUCCCUUCUCUCUGCUUCCUCCCCCCACAACCCAUCCCCCUUCUCAGCUCCCCACAGACACAGCUCAUCGCCCUUCUCUGCCUCCCCCCGGGGGGUAGGGGGCCUUUAUCUCUACUUACCACCAGGGGAGACUACAGAUGGACAGGCCUCCCCUCACCCCCCAACAGAGGUAGAAGGGGGAGACAGGCUGGGCACAUCUGGGUAGACCUGCGCACACACCCCCAUAGAAACCAAAGGGGGGGGACAGUGUCUAACUCUGGCCUCAUGGAGGGGAGAGUCUUUACUUAGUGCCUUUCUUUUUUGGGGGGUGGGGAGCCAACACUAUUCAGUCAGGCCCCCCACAGCCAACAGCAAUACCCCCAGAGAUGGACCCCCAAUUCUCCCACCUCCCUCUAAGCUCUGAUCUCUGCCCUACCCCCUUUUGUGUGUGCUAUCCCAGGUGUUCAACAGAACCUAUCCUCAGCCUGUAUUUAUAACUCCCCCCCCCCACAAAGCCCUGACUUGGCCUAUUUAUUUAAUUUUAACACCCCCCUCCCAUCUCUGUAAAUAUUCUUCCUGCCUGAGGGUGGCUAGUGUUGUGCCCUGUGGAGAUGCUCAGCCAGGGGCCAUGGCCCCCAUUCCUUCCCUUUUCCUAGACCUGUUCUCAGGCCUUCCUGGCCCCUCUUGCUUUGUUCCUGGGACUGUCACCUCAGGAGCUCCUGUUUGUAUAUGUGUGUGUGUGCACAUGUAUGGUGGUCAUGGGGCUAGCAGCUUUCAUAGCCUCUUACCAGUCUGGAAGGUGGUAGCAAGGGCCCUGGCUUUAGGCUUUCCCCUUCCACCUGGGGUGCAGUGGAAGGAGCCCUGGAAUGGGAGUGGGAAGACCUUGGACCUAGUCCUUUCCCUCAGGACCUCAGUUUCCUCAUCAAAGGAUUUCGUAGAUGGUCUUUAAGGGCCCUCUCAGCUCUGCCAGCAUAGUUCAACAAGCCCGUUCCCCCACAUCUCAGUCUGCCAGGCAGCCAUCCUCCUCUCUGCACCCAGCAAAGCAAUAACAAGGGUUUACCUGGUGCCACCUCCCCAGCCAGUGACCCCUGCCCCCACUUCUGUGGGCCCAGGGUCAGUGCCACCUUUCCCUCACAGUGGCAGUGCCUUUCACCUGCCUUCGUAAACCUGCCAAUGCAGCCACACAGUGGUAUAUCUAGACAUCCCUGCAUAUUCACAUCUGUGGCUGGGGAAAGAGAGGCAUGAACACCUGGGCUGGGAGAGAGGGUUGUCAUCUUAUAGAGGCCGUGCCUUAUUCCUUAAUUUAUUCUAUACACUGCCCCAAAGUGUAGACAUUUUCUGUACAAAGCCAAGCAACUGGCCUGCCCUGUAAAUAAGUGUACCCCACAGUCUGAUCGUCCUUUGUCUCUCUUCUCAUUCACCCUCCCCCAUUCCUAGCCGCAUGAGCUUUUUAUUUUUUUCAUUUUGUAAUUAUUUUCUUUUGCUAAUUAAAAUGCCUGGAAAAGAA